AUGCGAGGUCUCGAUGAGAGCACCGAUGUCCUGAUCCGUGUCGGCCAAUCUGCCGGGGAGCAGGUGCGACAUGGAUGGCAGGCCUUUGUCAACUUCGCAGCUCGCGACAAUGUCCUCGAGGUCGCCCUCGGUUUGAUUAUCGCCAAUGCGUUCACCAAAGUGGUGACUUCGUUUGUGUCGGAUAUGGUACUGCCGAUCGUUUCUUUGCUGCCCUUCUUGAACCGGAAUAUGGACCAGAAAUUCGCCGUUCUGUCUCAGGGGCCCAAUUAUGUUGAAGGCGAGGGUUAUAACACUCUCAAGCAAGCCCGGGAUGACGGUGCGCUUGUUUUGGCAUGGGGAAUGUUUGUCGAGAACAUACUCAAUUUUGCCGGUGUCAGCUUGACUUUAUUCGCGGUUGCCCACUUGUACAUGUUCAUCUCCCACGACAAAAUCAUCAAACCUACUAUUCGGUGCAGAUAUUGUAGGAAGUUUAUCAGCGUCGAGGCAAAACGCUGCAUGAAUUGCUCGAGCUGGCAAGAUGGAAGAGAAGACUUGCCUCAAGAAAGCAGCAGUAACAGCAGCAACUUCGCUGACCAAAAUUGA